AUGAACCCUGACGAACAAACCAAUUUCUCUGCAUGUGUAACCUAUUCUGCUGCACUCAUCUGUGUUGCCGCGCACGUCUUGCUUAUCAUGCUGAGAGCCACACGCUGCUUGCUGGCCGACAUCUACUAUCGCAGCAUCUCAAAGGACCAGGGGACCCUGCAGAGGGCCGUGAGGAACAUGGGCCGUGAAGUUGAGGCGGCGGCGCCUUCUUAUGGCACGCAGACAGGAACCGACUGCGCUUAUGUCUUCGUCUGUCCUGUUAGGUGUCAACAAAAUCGAGAGUACAGCAGCUUGAUAAGCACAAUACAGUCCACCAACGUCCUAUCGGGGGUUGAACCGCAUACUUCAUCACGUAUGGAUUUCCGCGCGUUGGUAAUGGCCGUGUUUGUAGUCCUCCGCGUCGGCAAGGACAAGGAAAAAUGCAAACAAGCCCUCGCCUGA